CGGCGGCGGCGAUAUCCUCGCCGCCUGCCCCGGCCCGGCUGCGUCCGGGAGCCGUCGGGCAUGGAGCCGUGGAAGCAAUGCGCGCAGUGGCUCAUCCACUGCAAGGUGCUGCCCACCAACCACCGGGUCACCUGGGAUUCGGCACAGGUGUUCGACCUGGCGCAGACCCUCCGCGAUGGAGUCCUGCUCUGCCAGCUGCUCAACAACCUCCGGGCGCACUCCAUCAACCUGAAGGAGAUCAACCUGAGGCCGCAGAUGUCCCAGUUUCUCUGUUUGAAGAACAUAAGGACAUUUCUCACGGCCUGCUGCGAGACGUUUGGAAUGAGGAAAAGUGAACUCUUUGAGGCAUUUGACCUGUUUGAUGUUCGUGACUUUGGAAAGGUCAUAGAAACACUAUCUCGACUUUCUCGAACACCUACAGCAUUGGCCACAGGAAUCAGGCCCUUCCCGACAGAAGAAAGCAUCAAUGAUGAAGACAUCUACAAAGUCCUUCCUGACUUGAUAGAUGAAACGUGUGCAGACGAUGAAGAAGGUCUGUAUGACUGUGUUUACGGGGAAGACGAAGGUGGAGAAGUCUACGAGGAUUUAAUGAAAGCAGAGGAGGCACAGCAACCUAAAUGUCCAGAAAAUGACAUAAGAAGUUGUUGCCUAGCAGAAAUUAAGCAGACAGAAGAAAAAUAUACAGAAACUUUGGAGUCAAUAGAGAAAUAUUUCAUGGCACCACUAAAAAGAUUCCUGACAGCAGCAGAAUUUGAUUCAGUAUUCAUCAACAUUCCAGAACUUGUGAAAGUUCAUCGGAGCCUACUGCAAGAGAUUCAUGAUUCCAUUGUAAAUAAAAAUGACCAGAACUUGUAUCAAAUUUUCAUUAACUACAAGGAAAGGUUGGUUAUUUAUGGGCAGUACUGCAGUGGAGUGGAGUCGGCCAUCUCUAGUUUAGACAAGAUUUCAAAGACAAAAGAAGAUGUCAAAUUGAAAUUAGAGGAAUGCUCCAAAAGGGCGAAUAAUGGGAAAUUCACUCUUCGAGAUUUGCUUGUGGUGCCUAUGCAGCGUGUUCUAAAGUAUCACCUUCUCCUCCAGGAACUGGUCAAACAUACCACUGAUUCCACUGAGAAGGCAAAUCUGAAACUUGCUCUUGAUGCGAUGAAGGACUUGGCACAAUAUGUGAAUGAAGUGAAAAGAGAUAAUGAGACCCUGCGUGAAAUUAAGCAGUUUCAGCUAUCUAUAGAAAAUUUGAACCAACCAGUUUUGCUUUUUGGGCGGCCUCAGGGAGAUGGUGAAAUUCGAAUAACCACUCUAGACAAGCAUACAAAGCAAGAAAGGCAUAUCUUCUUAUUUGACUUGGCAGUGAUUGUAUGUAAAAGGAAAGGUUAUAACUAUGAAAUGAAGGAAAUAAUAGAUCUUCAGCAGUACAAGAUAACCAACAAUCCUACAACUGAUAAAGAAAAUAAAAAGUGGUCUUAUGGUUUCUACCUCAUCCAUACCCAAGGACAAAAUGGGUUAGAAUUUUAUUGCAAAACAAAAGAUUUAAAGAAAAAAUGGCUGGAACAGUUUGAAAUGGCUUUAUCUAAUAUAAGGCCAGACUACGCAGACUCCAAUUUCCACGACUUCAAGAUGCACACCUUCACUCGGGUCACAGCCUGCAAAGUCUGCCAGAUGCUCUUGAGAGGAACAUUUUAUCAAGGCUAUUUAUGUUUUAAGUGUGGCGCGAGAGCACACAAAGAAUGUUUGGGAAGAGUAGACAACUGUGGCAGAGUUAAUUCUGCUGAGCAAGGGACGCUGAAACCACCGGAGAAACGGACCAAUGGACUGCGAAGAACCCCCCGACAAAUGGAUCCAGGCUUACCCAGGAUGCAGGUCAUUAGGAACUAUACUGGAAUGCCACCCCCUGCUCUUCAUGAAGGACCCCCGUUACAUAUCCAGGCAGGGGACACAAUUGAACUUCUGAAAGGAGAUGCUCACAGUAUGUUUUGGCAGGGUAGAAAUUUUGCAUCUGGAGAGGUUGGGUUUUUUCCAAGUGAUGCUGUCAAGCCUUGCCCAUGUGUGCCCAAACCAGUAGAUUAUUCUUGCCAACCCUGGUAUGCUGGAGCAAUGGAAAGAUUGCAGGCAGAGACUGAACUUAUUAAUAGGGUAAAUAGUACUUACCUUGUGAGGCACAGGACCAAAGAGUCAGGAGAAUAUGCCAUUAGCAUUAAGUAUAAUAAUGAAGCAAAGCACAUCAAGAUUUUAACAAGAGAUGGCUUUUUUCACAUUGCAGAAAAUAGAAAAUUUAAAAGUUUAAUGGAACUUGUGGAGUACUACAAGCACCAUUCUCUUAAAGAAGGGUUCAGAACCUUAGACACGACUCUACAGUUUCCGUACAAAGAACCAGAACAUUCCACUGGACAGAGGGGCAGUAGAGCAGGCAGCAACUUGUUGAGCCCCAAAGUGCUAGGCAUUGCCAUUGCCCGGUAUGACUUCUGUGCGAGGGACAUGCGGGAAUUGUCCUUGCUGAAAGGCGAUGUGGUGAAGAUUUACACAAAGAUGAGUGCAAAUGGCUGGUGGCGAGGAGAAGUCAAUGGCAGGGUGGGCUGGUUUCCAUCCACGUAUGUGGAAGAGGAUGAAUAAAUUCCAAUCCAGCUUUGCAGUCUGCACCAGAAAUUUCAGAGAAGGGAUAAACGGAAGUCUGCACAGCACUAUGAAUUAACUGAAGUGUUUAAAAAAGCUGCAUUUCUGACUGUUCGACAUUCUCCCCCUUCCCCCCUCCUAAGUCUUAAUGCUGGGAUUUCUAAAGAUGCUGGUACUGACAGAUUAAUGGCUUGCCUAGAGCCAUGCAAGAAACAGCCUGCCAGUCUGUCAUUGUCAGGGACCAGGGCAAAGCCAAAAGCUCUUCUUCCCAAAGAGCCCUGAUGUAAACACCUUGGUUCAUGUUUCUCUUCCUGCAUCCAGUCAGACACCAGGAAUGUCAGCCAUUGGUAAAUGUUUAAUGCAUAUUUACUUCCUUCCCACGUCCCAUUCACCAGGAUUUUCAGUAGUAUAAAGAACCAGACGCUUAAUUAUGCUUUUCCCAGCAAGAAGAAAAUGAGAGCUUUGCCAUUUGGGCAGCUUACCGGAAAGGCCCAGCGUUACUUCUCUUAAACCAUCCGGCAAGGUGACUCAUUGCCUGGCAAGCACUUUCACCCCCAAAGAGUAAAAUAAAAGAGGCAAGUAUUCAGGUUUGCUUCGUAAGUAAUGUAUGCCACGGGGGGGUUGAUUAUUCAUUUGAUUUCCUGGUUAUGUUUGCAAACUUUUUUUUUUUUU